UCAGCCUGGCGGCGUCUUCGUGCGUCCUUCAUAUCUGCUCUGCAGUGGAUAACUUGGGGUGAAACAUUUCUGCAGGCUGCUGCUGCUACUCCCUCUCUCGCUCUCUCUCUCUCUCUCUCUCUCUCCUCUCUCUCUCUCUCUCUCUCUCUCUCUCUCCCUCCCUCUAUCUCUCUCUCGCUCGCUCUCAUUUUUUCAUUUUUUUUUUAAAUUGACGAGGACCCGGAUAAAGUUUUACGCACAUUUUACGCGCGGGAGAAGGACACUUCCCGACAAUUUCUGAGCGGCUUAGGCUGCUUUUAUUGGAGUCUUGUGAGAGCUCAAGCCACUUCUAUCACCUGUUGUUUUCGAAAUUUUGCUUUAUUUCAGAACUUGAAGUCAGCUGGACUUUUUUUUUUUUUUUUUUUACAUUUUUUACUACCACCACGGCUGGAUUUCUUUGUCGCCGACGACCACAAUUUUAAGUGUGUCACAAGGUAUUGUUAGUGAUUCGACAGCUGAUGAUCUAGCUGCCAAUCAUCCCCCCCCCACACCUUUUCUUUAAAAAAAAAAAAAAAUCAAAGCGAUCCCGCAUCCUCGAGGAAGACGACGACUGCAGACCCCGAGGCGAACUUUUGCACCGACCCCCGUCAGCUUGACACUGACCCGAGCUGUUGUUGUGAUGCAUAUUCCCGUAGAGCCGCCCACCACCAGACGGUUCACGCCGCCCUCCACGUCCUUCACCUGUAGUAAACUCGUAGACAGCAACGGGGCCAUGGCCACCCCGGGGCCGCUCAGGGCGAGACCCGACACCAGGAACGUGGUGGACGUCCUGGCGGACCACGCCGGCGAGCUAGUCCGGACCGACAGCCCCAACUUCCUGUGCUCGGUCCUGCCGUCACACUGGAGGUGCAACAAGACUCUCCCCGUGGCUUUUAAGGUGGUGGCCCUCGGUGACGUUCCUGACGGCACUCUGGUCACCGUCAUGGCCGGGAACGACGAGAACUACUCGGCCGAGCUGCGGAACGCCUCCGCAGUGAUGAAGAACCAAGUGGCCCGCUUCAACGACCUGCGCUUCGUCGGGAGAAGCGGACGAGGAAAAAGCUUCACGCUGACCAUCACAGUUUUCACCGGACCGCCUCAAGUGGCCACAUACCACCGCGCCAUCAAGGUCACUGUGGAUGGGCCGCGUGAACCACGCAGACACAGAGUGAAGAUGGAAGACUCUCAGAAGCAAUUUUCCGACAGGCUAUCAGAGAUCGAGCGCUACCAGAGGACCAUGCGAAUAGGUCCGGUCAACAAUAACCCCCGGCCCAUUCCCCAAACUCACCUGAGCACCACACCAGCCCUGUGGCAAGAUCAGAUGGACACCCCUUCUCUGAAGACAUGCAAGGUGGAGGAGGACCUCCGACCAUGGCCAGGGACAACCGAUCUAUUCCAGCAGAGGACCACCUUCCCGUCACCCCUGACCGACCCCCGCUUCUCAGACCCCCGUAUACAUUACCCGGGGGCCUUCCCUUACUCCACCAACACUUCCAGCACUGGCAUCAGCGGCCUCAGCAUGUCUGCUCCAGCGAGAUACCACACCUACCUGCCGCCUCCCUACUCAAACAACCAGAGCCAGAACUUUCAAUCCAACUCCUACUUGUAUUAUGGCACAGGCUCUGGGUCCUACCAGUUCUCGAUGGUGGCAAACACCGGAGGCGAGCGCUCCCCUACCCGUCUCCUCUCCUGCUCGGGCGCCUCGGGUACCGGUGGCACCAACAGUCUGAUGAAUCCGAGCCUGAACACCCAGAGCGAGGGCGUAGACGCCGACGGCAGCCACAGCAAUUCCCCCACAGCCAUGAGCGCCUCGGGCCGUCUGGAUGAAUCCGUAUGGAGGCCUUACUGACUGGCAGACGCGUGGAACCGGGAGACGGAAAGUGUGGAAAAGUCAGGAGAAUGAUGAACAAAAUACCGAACACUGAAAGAAAAGACGCAAAAACAAAAAAAAAGAGAUAAAUGAUGCAUGUUUGUCUUUCAUUUCCAUAGCAGUCGCUUAUCACGACUUUCUGCAUUUGAAGCCGACAGAACGUCUACGUAUUUUGUAAACUCUGUGUGAAUUUUUGCACUGUGCUAAGAUAUGUACCCUUUAAGCCUAUAAAAAGCCAUAUGAACUGAGAGAAGCCAUAUACUGUAGUUAACAGCAGACGGUGGACAGACGCCUCAGACUGAGUCAGCCCUCAUGAGGGUGAAAGAGAGCAACCAGACUGACUGUUUGCCCCCCCCCCCCCCCCAGUGACUCAGACAUCCCUCCAAGGCUAAGCUGCACUGCUGUAGCAAUCAGUCCUUCUAAGCUUCCAUUUGGAAUUAUACAAAAACACCCUGUCAAACAUAUUUUCAAAAAACAACACGCCUUGGUUGCAUCCUAAGCGUGGUCAAAUGUCAGAUGGACCUAAUUUAUUAUUCAAAUGGACACCUUGGGGGUGCCGCGCACAGCUCGGCUUCAGUACAAUCGACGUCCUCUGCUGUGACAUCAGUGAAUCGAGUUUGAAAAAGAUGCUGGACAAUAUUUGGAGGAAUGUACAGAGGAGAGUUGGCUCUUUUUAGUCCCUGCAGGAACAAGCCCCCGUUGACUCUUUGCCCUUUUCUAUUCAGGCAUUCUGGUGUUUUGAAACUGGAUGACACGGUUUACCUUUUGAUAUUUAUUUGAGCCAAAUUCUGUGGAAAAGUCUGCAUCCACCCCCCACAUCCUUAAAGCAUUUCUCUUCAUCUUUCCUCUUUUUAUAUCGAUAUUUUUUACAGUAUAUGGAUGCCAUGUUUUGUUGUUACGUAUACAUUUGGAAUUCGUGUAAUAUAUUGCAACUAAAUUAUGGAGAAAAAAAGCUUUAAUGUUAUUAUUUUGUCUUCCAAUGUAGCUUUGAUGCACUAAAAAUCUUUAUUCUCUAUGAAAAACGCCCAACUUUGUUAGUGAGAUGGUAGCGAACCCUUCAUUUUUUUAACUUUCCCAAAUUAGCCUUCCUGUCCUUAACAAGCCAUUCGCUUCAUUUUUGUUUGCACUAUUCCGAUUAUGAUUGCCCACCCCACAGCGCUGUUUCCCACUUACAGACUUCUAGAAAUUGGGGCAUUUUCAUGCACAUAUCUGCUGAACACAUAUGCACAGCUCCUAAUUUUACAUCCAUGUACAUAGCGGCAUCACACACGUGUGAGUGUCUUCACACCUCCCUUGUAGUUCCCCCUUCAAUCGCUGAAGAAGGUAGAAGCGACAGUAUGUCAGGGGGCGUCACAGCGGUGUCUUCUUACCAACACCAAAGGCCAUUAUGCCAAAGAAGAAACACGUCUACCGGUCACAGACCCCUUUUGUUCUGCUUAAUCUGCGAGGACUUUGAAGCCUUUAUGGCCUUCAAUGUUGCUUUUGGACUCAUUUUAAUGAUCAUUGGUGCCAGGGGCUCGAGAGUCUGCCACCAGAUCAUCUUCUGUGUAUCAGUUAAGAGGAGAGCUUCCACAACAUGAGUCAUGAUUCUAAAAAUUGUUCAGUUCCAAAAUGAGAGAAUAAAAUUUGGGGGUUCAUUUCCUCCAAGUUAUUCAAUCAUACAGUCCUUCUUCCUCUCCCAUCCUAUCAAUUUCUAGAGCACUUGUCCUUAUUAGGGUCACAGAUGAGGUUUAGCCUAUCUCGUCUAACUUUGAGGUGGGGGUGGGGUAGGCCAUGGACUGUUUGCCAGUCAAUCACAGCCUUACUCCUCUUACUAUGUCUCAUUCCUGCACAUUCCCUGCCCCCCUUUACAGUGUGGUUGAAGAUUUUUGUUGUAGCAUUUUUUUUAAAUCAUGCAGCUACAGAAACAAAACCAAAAAAACUUAUUUAUAUCUGUAAGAAAAUAGUGAAUGGUGGCUAAGCUGUGUGGUAAAAGUCAUGUCAUUCUUAAUGUAAACCUAGGAAACCAAAUUGUACAUGUGAAUUGUAUUUUAAUGUAUUUUGGAUUAAUGGCCACAAUACUACUUGCUUGUUUCUUUUCAAAAGAAUUCCAAAUUUCUUUCACUGUACCAGAAACCUUAAUUGCUUUCUCUGUUUUUAAGCUCAAAGCAUGUACAUGAGAUAUGUUAAUUUAAAGAAUCCCUGUAUGUAUUAAUAUCAUUCAUGUUUCCAUAUGAGUGCUUGUAAAGUU